AUGAAACUUGUACUUGUCGUUGCUUUUUUAGCUCUUAUUUGUAUGGCUCGAACAGUACCGAUGCGAUCAUCAUCAACACGUACACUCAUUAUGUCUGAUUAUGACGAUGAGGAGCAUGAUCACAGAAUUCAAGAUAAUGUUGGUAACGAUGACGACGACGACGACGAAGAAGAAGAAGAAGAAGAAGCAAUUAUAACAACUACAGCAACUACAACGACUAAUCGUUUUACUUUUGCAUUUCCAACAAGAAACCGUGAUUUAAUACCGACAAGAAGUAGAAUACCGACUGAAACUACAACAGCCAUGCGAACAGCAAGCUCAACAAAAUAUGAUUUUGAUGAGGCUAAUGUUGACGAUGACAAUGCUUUUGGUGAAUAUGAUGGAGAUUUUAAAUAUCUUAAAAAGAUUCGUAGAGCAAUGCAACGUUUUUUCGAAGAACUUAAAAAACUAAUGCAAAAGAUCACUGGCUCUGAAUAUGUUACUGCAGCACAACAACGACAAAGCAAUCAAUAUGAUUCAUAA